CAUUAUUGUAGUGCAUUGUUGCUUUCUCAUCUUGCGAAAAUUUAUAAAUUGAAUAUUAAAAUUAAGUCUAUUAAUAUUUGAAAUGAAAUCAGAAAAGGAUGAAGAAAGGACACAUGAAUGCACUGAAUGUGGACAAAGUUUUAAGAGAAAACACCACUUACAAUACCAUAUGAGAACUCAUACUGGUGAAAAGCCGUUUGUUUGCGAUGAUUGCGGCAAAAGAUUUUCGCAGCAUGGAAAUUUAAUAAGUCACAAAAAAGUACACUCAGACGAACGAAAAUUCAAAUGCAGCUAUCAGAAAUGCACAUAUAGUAGUCAAUAUAAAAGGAAUUUCCUAAGACAUGUUAAUAGAAAACAUUUACAAGCAACUUCUUCUCAAGAAAGCGUUGAAUUUAUUCAAGAUGUAGAAUAUGACAUUGUAGACAAAGAGCAGAAAGAAUCAAUGGAAAAACCAUCAACGAGUGGUCAAAAAUCUCAAUCAGUAGAAUAUAAAGAAGCUGUUGUGGAAACCCUUAGUAGCGAUUCAGAAAAUACUGAAAUUAUGAAUAGAGACGAAUAUUUAAACAUAAACGAACUGGAAGAUUUACCAGAAUUGGAAAUAUUUUCAGAAGUGAUGGUUGAAGGAGUCGAACUAGAAUGUCACAUCUGUCAUGAGAAAUUUGACGACGAAAUAUCUCGAAGAGAACACGAAGCAAAAUUUCAUUAAUUUGCAAAGCAUAAAAUUUGGUAACGAUGUUACUA